AUGAAGAGAAAUAUCGUGACUCGAAGACAUAUUCGCAAGAAUAGGCUAUAUACCGAGAAGAACUACGAGGAAGCAUGGAGGCUAAUUGGAAAUGGGGUAUCGAUACGUCAGGCUGGAAUAAGGUGUGGUGUUCCAGAAGCAACUCUCCGUGGUCAUCUAAGUGGCCGUUUUAGCAGAAAGCUUGGAUCCCCUACAGCCAUCCCAGAUGUAGAUGAGAGAUCUCUAGUGGAUCAUCUCUCGUAUAUGGCAGACUGUGGUUAUGGACUUACUCGUAAACAGGUUAUUGAGCUAGCUGGGGCCACAUUUCAAAAGGUCACAGGAAGAAGCUGCCGGUUCUCAACAAAGUGGUUUCGUGGAUUCCUGAAGAGAUGGCCGCAGCUACGAAUCGUCCGGCCUCGAAAGCUCUCUAUGUAUCGAGCAAAAUCCACAACAAAGCAGCGACUGACAAGGUACUAUGAUGAACUUCAUAAAACACUGACGAACGCUGAACUCCUUGAUAAGCCACACCUGGUUUACAACGUUGAUGAAUCUGGCUUCAACGCCGAGCAUGCCCCUCCUCGUGUCGUUAGUGUGGCGAAAAACACACAGGCCAUCACUUCAUCUCGGUCACCAACGACGACGUUGCUUGCAUGUGGUAAUGCAAAUGGUGAUGCCCUCCCGCCCUUCUUUGUUUUCAAAGGGAAACGUGAAGUAUCAGCGGACGUGAAGUCUGGAUGCUUGCCCGGAAGUCGCUUCGUCAACACUGAGACAGGGUGGAGCAACAGUCAAGUGUUCAAGGAGUUCUUUACCACCCAUUUCUUGCCUCACAUAGAGCAUAGGAGAGGACCGGAGGAAUAUGCAAUUCUCUUGUACGACGGCCACAAGAGCCACAUCGGCAUACCACUCAUUGAGGAAGCAAGGAAGAACAACAUAAUUCUCUUUCUCCUACCACCGCACACCUCUCACCUCCUCCAACCUCUGGACGUCGGCUGCUUUGGCCCAAUGAAGCAACAUUACAACUACCAGUGCGCUUCAUUUCUGGCAGAACACCCAGGAGAGGUGGUGUCAAGGUUCUCUCUAACAAAGCUGAUGUCUGCCGCAUACCUGAAAUCAAUGACGGCGAAGAAUCUCCAAGCUGCCUUCAAGAAGUCCGGCAUUUAUCCAUACAACAGGGAUGCUGUGGAUAUAGUAAGGGUCACCCAACCAAGCACCGUGACAUGUGCGACCGCUGAAGUCCCAGAGAUGCCAGAAGGCUCCACACCUGUCCAACAGAUGCUUUUCCAUAAGAGACCUUCACCGCCUGCUGAGGACAAAUCAAAGAAGCGCCGAACAUCUCCUUCCUACGAGGCUGGUGGUGUUGCCAUCACAGAAAAUGGCAUUUUCCUCAAGAUCUUUCGGGAAGAUAAGGAGAAGACACAACAGAAGACCAGCAAAGGUGGAAAGAAGAAGACAUCGUCAACCACUCAAAACGACAACUGUAAUCCUGGCACAAGCAAACCAUCUACAUCAAGGGCACUCUUUACCUCACCAAUUCCAGCCGACAUUUCUUCAGACGAAGAUGAGGAUGACCAAUGUUGCCAAUGUCACAGGCUAUCACCACCACGUGAGAGAUUACCUGGAAUCAUCAUUGUGAACUGGGGAAAGUGUGACGCAUGCAGCCACUGGGUACAUCUGAAAUUCUGUACCCCAACAGAGAGUGUUAAGGACUCUGAUUUUUUGUGCCCUUGUUGCGUCAGCAACCGAGAGCAGUAG